CCCCCCCCCCCCCCCGGUGUGGAUAGGAUAAUAUGACUUCCUGGUUCCGCACAUACGGCAGCGUCCCUCUGUGUCUCCUGCUCUGCUGCGUGGUGGUUGCUGUCAGCGCAGAAGCCUCCGGCGCCGUUGACAGUGCAUGUUGGUCUCCUAGUGUCACUUCUUGUGCAGAUUGCCUCAGACGUGGACCACAGUGUGCCUGGUGCUUCAAGGAGGACUUUCUGGAUGGGGUGGGGCCGAGCCAGCGCUGCGACCUGCCAGUGAAGCUGUUCAGGAGAGGCUGUGAUCAGGAGUUCAUGGAGCAGUCAGAGAUCAAGGUGGAGGUCAACGCCACCAUCAGUAGCACACAAGUGUCCCCACAAGACAUCAGCAUCACCCUCAGACCAGGUUCAGAGGCCAGCGUCGUGGUGGCUGUGAAGCAGCUGGAGCGUUAUCCAGUGGAUCUGUACUGCCUGGUUGAUGUAUCGGCAUCUAUGCAGGAAAACCUGGAUCAUUUGAAGACAGUGGGUGUGGCGCUGUCUCUUCGUAUGACGGAGCACUCCUCGGACCUUUGGCUGGGUUUCGGUUCGUUUGUGGACAAACCUGUCUCCCCUUACAUCAAUGUCCACCCCUCCAAGAUCAACAACCCCUGCAGUGAUUAUGAGAUCCGCUGUCGUCCAGCCCACGGCUUCCACCACGUCCUGAGUAUGACCGGUAAUGUGAGCGAGUUCACGCGUGUGAUCAAACGCCAGCGCAUCUCCGGAAACAUGGACACACCUGAGGGAGGACUGGAUGCUAUGAUGCAAGCCGCUGUCUGCCAGAGAUCGGUGGGUUGGCGACCAGAAGCCAAGCGCCUACUGCUCCUGAUGACGGACCAGCCGUCUCACCUCGCCCUGGACAGCCGGCUGGCAGGGAUUGUGACGCCACACGACGGCCUGUGUCACCUGGAAAACAAUGUCUACACAGGGAGCACUAGGAUGGACCAUCCCAGUGUGGGUCAGUUGUCUGAUAAGCUGCUUGAAAACCAUAUGCACUCCAUCUUCGCUGUGGAGAAGCAGCAGUACCAGUGGUACAAGGAGUUGGUACGUUUGCUACCUGGCUCCUACCUGGGAAAGUUAGGCCUCUUCCAGGCCCCAAACCUUAUAGAGCUGGUGGUGGACGCAUACAAGAGGUUGUUGUCGGAGGUGGCAGUAUCCGUGUCAGUGGAGGACAAGGCAGUCAGCAGGUACUGGGUGUCUGUCUCUCCUCUCUGUCCCAAUGGAUCCACCGCAAAGGACCAGAGUUGCUCGGGGGUGCAGCCCGGCCAGAUGGUUUACUUCAAUAUCACUAUCGGAAUGCACUCUUGUCCUGACGAUGCUGAAGAUGAAGACGUAACAGUGUCGGUUCGACCUGUGGGAUAUAACGAAUCCACCGUCAUUAGGAUCCACUCUAAAUGCGGCUGCAGUUGUGGACCAAUGAGGCGCUGCAAUGACGACAGCCAAUGCAGAGGAAGCUCCGAUCAGGAGCAGAGGCCAGAUCACGGACUAAUUAAGGGCUCAGACAGAGAUUCAAACUGGAAUUGCAGAGCGGACGGGUCUGACGUGGACUGCAGUGGUCGGGGAGUGUGUGAGUGUGGGAGGUGUGUGUGCGAGCAGACCAGGCUUGGCACAGUAUAUGGGAAAUACUGCGAGAUAGAUGACUUCUCCUGUCCGUACGAAGGGGGACUGCUGUGUGGAGGGCGUGGUGUGUGUGUGUCAGGUGAGUGCGUGUGCGAGGACGACUGGACUGGUGAUAGCUGUGGUUGUCCCGUCUCCACGGCAAACUGCCAAUCAGCCAACGGCUUGCUGUGCAGCGGGCGGGGCAGAUGUACGUGUGGCAAGUGUGUGUGCGACGACCCUCGGCGCUCUGGAGACUUCUGUGAGAGAUGCCCUGCUUGCCAAAGCACCUGCCAAUCAUACUGGAAGUGUGUGGACUGCCACUUGUCUCACGGCCUCACACAAAAAGAGGCUGGACAUUGCAACAACACCUGUGCACCACUGGUGGGCUACAUGGAUGUUGUAUCAGGCCAAGCAGGGGAGAUGUGGAUUCAGUGUAUGUACAUCAGUAAUGACAGCUGUCGCUAUCAGUUUCAAACAAGCUCACAGUCUGGUCAGACUCAGCUUCACAUCAGCACAAGACCAGAGUGUGCCAGCAACAGUCGGCUGGUAGGAACAUUCAUGAGUGUGUGUGCUCUGACAUUGCUGUGUGGGCUGGUGGUGGUGGCCGUGUCCAGGCUGCUGCUACAGAAGAGAGGCUUGUCACCAAGGGGCGCUGCUGAGGACGGACCCUAUCGCUGCACUGGAAAGGACCCGUCAUUCAUCCCAACAAGCAACGAGAAGACUGUUACUUACAGGAGGGACUGUCCACCUGACCGCCCCGUGGAGAUGCACAUCCAGGUUCCCAAGAUGCCCCUCGGUGACCCCUGGCAGUGCUAGGUCAAAGGUCAAGGUCGGAAAAGAAAGUCAGUAGAGCCAUAAAGAAGGAGAGUCGCGUAAAGACUUCUUCUCUGCUUCUAAAUUUUGGUAAAUCUUCAACCAGCUGCAUGUGGAGACUGAUAACGAUGAACUAAACUAUGAAACCUCCAUGGGAUCACUUUUGUUAAAUGAAGUGACCAAACCCUCAUCGACUGUGUGACUAAUGAGGCCAGUAUCUUAGAAAUUGAGAUGAAACAAAGAGCACAUAUCUCCCACCUCCUCUUCCUCUGCUGCAACAGCAGGGAGGCUGCUCCUUCCACAGGGUAAAGGGUCAUCAUUUCUCGCUUUUUAGCCAUGCAGCUCUAAGUUGUGUGUGUGUGUGUGUGUGUCAGAGUACGUGUGUUUGUGUGUGGAGCAGGUAGAUGCAUUUAUGCUCUAUACAGGCUUUCUAUUUAUGAUUUUAUAGUAAAACACUACAUGUUUGACGUUUCUGUGAUUGUGUGACACUCCAAAUCUCCAACUAAACUAUCUCCCUGCUGUCUUAGUCUGCCCUCCUGUGGCCAGCUUGAGGUACAACAUUUUGUCUCUAAUAAUACUGUUAACACAUUACUGACCUCAGCUGUACUGCCUUGGGAUUUAAGUCACAGAGCACACAAUGACGCUGUAUGCCUCUUUUUUAUUUCAUUUGUGGCAUACCCUGUCUUCUAGUUUCUUUGUUGUAUUUUGUUUUUGUUAACCGAUCAACUGCAUUGCAAAUUAUUGUUACUUUGUGGCAUUUUUCUAUGAUGAUAAGUUAAAAUAUAGUUUCAUGUGUUUUUGAUAAAUUGGUUAGACUUGCACUAGAACAGUUGUGUUGCAUUAUACUACUGAGGACUGUGGGGUCUCUGGGGUAGGAGAGCUGUGACGCUGGGUUUGAAACGAUUGGUUUGCGAUAUAUUGGGCAUUAGAACAUUAAGUGCAUUCCAAGCUAAUUUAACAAAUCCACAACACUGGAAUAACAAUGAACUGGAAGAUAAUGUUUAAAGUAAUCAACAUACUGACAAUUAAUGGCAACAGCACCAUCAAACGCUUGUGCAUGUGGCCUCUCUAACAGCGACAGAACCACAACUGUGUCCGCAUACAUCUGCUGAUCAUCCCAGUGCCAUCAGUGAUGAGUUUAGACUCAACAAACCAUCUCUGAAGGUACUGAGAUCAGAGGUGGAAUUACACCACUCAUGCACUUGAUCAUCUGCAUCCAGAGUGCCGGUUGCAUCUUGUGAGACUUUCGCUUGCCCAAUCCUGUUUCUUCUUUUUUAAUUUUAUUCAACACAAUGUUGUUUACAGCAAUAGCUGCUCUUUUACUGUAAGUCAGGAACACUAAUUAUUUAUUGUGAUUUUGUUGUUUUUUUUUUUUUAAAUAUAUGUGAAUUGUGCUAUUUUGUGAUGAGGCUACCUGUAUUACAGGUAGUGAGUACUGUUUGUGUUUAUGAAGAGCGGUCUCUGUCUCUAACCGUGAGAAUAAUUCAGCAAUAAGGUUAUAAGCAUCUCAUCUAACCGGGCACUGAGUUCGGAAUAACAACAGCACUUUUCUGUGUGGUUUUGCUGUCAAUUAAUGUGACUAGUUGUGUAGCAUGAAUUUUUUUCAUCACAAUAAAAUGUGCAAGAUUUUUAAAAUCA